AUGUCCUUCAUUUUACAUUUAUUUUUUAUACAAGUUGGCUUUACAGCUGUUACCACAAUUACUUAUUCUUGUUUAUCGAAUUCAACAUGUGGUUGUUCAGUAAAACCAGCUAUUUUAACUAAAAUUGUUGGUGGUGAACAAGCUAAUACAGAUACAUGGGGUUGGGUUGUAUCAAUACGUAUAGGAAAUAGUCAUGUAUGUGGUGGUUCAUUAAUAUCUUCAACAUUAAUUUUAACUGCGGCUCAUUGUCUUAUAUCACUAAAAUCAUUAGCAAAUCUUAAUAUUAAUGCUGGUUCAAAUUAUUUAUCUAUUAUUGAUCAACGAAGAACAGUAUCAAAAAUUUAUAUUCAUAAAUAUUAUGAUGAAAAUACUCUUGUUCAUGAUAUAGCUAUAAUACGUCUUUCAUCACCAAUAAAUAUGAAUGAUCAUUCGAUAGCUCUUAUUUGUUUACCAUCAACUAAAACUAUUGACUAUCCACCAACAGAUGCAACUGUUAUUGCUAUUGGUUGGGGUGUUUUAUCAUCAGGUAAUAAUAUUCCAUCUAAUUCACUUCAGCAAGUUACAUUAAAAACAAUAUCAAAGACAACCAUGAAUUGUCGAAGAACUAUUCAUGAUGAUAAUGCUCAAUUUUGUUCUGGUGUUCGAGGAGGUGGAAAAGAUACAUGUCAAGGUGAUAGUGGUGGUCCAUUAAUGAUAUUUUCUAAUGGUCGAUGGAUAUUAGUUGGUAUAACAAGUUAUGGAAUUAGUUGUGCUUUAGCAAAUUAUCCUGGUGUAUAUACACGUGUUUCAUAUUAUAUAGAUUGGAUAUCGUGUUUUUUAACAAAUGAUAUAUCUUGUAUUGAAAAUACAACCUUAAAACAAGCUUCUCUUUUAUCAAUGGGAUUAUCAAUAUAUUAUAAAAAUAUUUUAAUAGUUUUUCUUUGUUUCGUUAUAUUAAAACUGGGACUCUCAUAG